AUGCCAUUCUACGAGCUUAACCACUCCCAUCCGCUGACUGAUGCCCAGAAACAGAGCCUAGCUCAGGCCAUCACAGCAAUCCACGUCAAGGCAUUUGCCACACCCUCCAUGUUUGUCAAUGUGCAUUUCGUCAAGGAAGACCUGACGCAAGGCAACUUCUUCAUCGCCGGGAAGCGCGAGGACAAAAUUUCCAACAGCAUCAUCUCCUAUGUGCGCACGUCAGACUCUCGCACCAAGGCAGACUUUGACAAAGUCUGCAGCGAGAUUGAAGACGCAUGGUACGCCAUUGUCGGAAAGCGAUCGGACUCCAAGAAUGCAGAGCAUCCGUACCUGUCGGAGGAGCCUGAGACUAGGCUUCAUGCCAUUGCUCUUUUGCCCAUCGUGACGGCACGGGAGGCGGGGUUUACGAUUCCCGUGGCGGGGGAUGAAAAGGCAUGGAUCGCCGAGCAGCUUCCCGUCUUCAAGAAACUCGCAACACAGGGCAACGCGGGUUUUGUCUCGCUGCUCGCGGAGCUGCAGGCCAAGAGCGGGAAGCUGGAUGCUUGA